GCGUGUUUUGCCCGUAGUAAAAAUGGCCGCAGAGCCUUCGGGCCCCCCGUGGCAGCGCAGGGCGCGUUUUCUUAAGCAGGGCCUGGGAAGACAGGAAAAAGUGUAGAGUUCGUGAGCAUUGAUUGGCUGAAGGACGAAGCGUUCUGGACGCUGAUUGGCUCCGUCCUUCGCGGGAAGGAGUUUGUGGCACCCGCGGGAAGUAGGUGUAGCACUGCGGGCGAAAGGGGGUUCUGAGGAUCCCGGCCAACCCACUAGACGGGAGUCUUCUGGGCCUCUCUCCUGAGGGGAUCGUGACCAAGAUGUGGUUUGGCGGAUCUGAAAGCUAUGGCACUUCCUUUGGCGGAGUCGGCGGCGGCUACACACAGUCCCCGGGGGGCUUCGGAAUGCCGACACCUUCCCAGGCUGAAAAGAAAUCAAGAGCCCGAGCCCAGCACAUUGUACCCUGUACCAUAUCUCAGCUGCUUUCUGCCACCCUGGUCGAUGAAGUGUUCAGAAUUGGGAAGGUUGAGAUUUCACAGGUCACUAUUGUGGGUAUCAUCAGACAUGCAGAGAAGGCUCCAACCAACAUUGUUUACAAAGUAGAUGACAUGACAGCUGCACCCAUGGAUGUUCGCCAGUGGGUUGACACAGAUGAUGCCAGCAGUGAAAACACAGUGGUUCCUCCAGAAACGUAUGUAAAAGUGGCUGGCCAUCUGAGAUCUUUUCAGAACAAAAAAAGCCUGGUAGCCUUUAAGAUCAUGCCUCUGGAGGAUAUGAAUGAAUUCACCACACAUAUUCUGGAAGUAGUCAACGCACACAUGAUCCUGAGCAAAGCUAACAGCCAGCCCUUAGCAGGGAGAGCAACUAUCAGCAAUCCAGGAAUGGGUGAAGCAGGGAACUUUGGUGGGAAUAGCGCCAUACCAGCAAAUGGCCUCACUGUGGCCCAAAACCAGGUGCUGAGUUUGAUUAAGGCUUGUCCAAGACCAGAAGGAUUAAACUUUCAGGAUCUCAAGAACCAGCUCCAGCACAUGUCUGUAGCCUCAAUAAAGCAAGCUGUAGAUUUUCUUAGCAACGAGGGACACAUCUAUUCCACUGUGGACGACGAUCAUUUUAAAUCCACAGAUGCAGAGUAACUGGGUCUACUUGAGUACCCGAGGUAUUUUCCAGCUGGACCUGUUUUCAUAAUCUGUUGUCUCCAGCUGUGCAUGUUUGGCCAAUUGACUUCUAGGGAGUAGCUUUCAUCUAGAAAGGGUCUCAUUUUGAAAGUUACUGCUCUUCUUUUUUGUUUGUUUGUUUUUGUUUUUUGAAGCUCCAUUUUGGGCAACUGACAGAAUGUAAACCUGAUGGACUUUCUUAAAGAAGUUACAAACAAGCCGCUUACAACAUCAGCACAAAUGGAAGUGGAAGAGAGAUGCUACCAAGAGAGUUGGGCAGCAUUACUCAAGCUAUACCCGGGAGUUUCCACUCCUAACAUGUUUCCUGUUGGAAGAAGAUGAGCAGGACCCAGGGCCUUCAGCGGGGAGCGAGCCAAGAAACCCCCUAAUCUCUGCCUGCUUUUGUUCCCCCCCCCCCUUGGUUAUAGGGUGUUAUUUUUCAGAAUUGCACUCUCCUUCACCUCGUCAUGGCUGCUGCCGAAAGUGUGUUGUUACGUUCUAGAGUGGUGGCCUCAUGAGGGCAGGAGAGAGCAAGAGAUGUUACUUCGAUUUCAUACAAAAUAAGUGCCCCCAUAUGUCUAAUAAAAUAGUUCUAUUGCAGAA